GUGUGUGCAGUCCAAGGUGGCUAUGUGCCAGCGCGCCCUCUGCUUCUUUCUCUCUCCUUUCUUGGCUCUGCCCUGUUGGCUCAGUGACAUGCCAGGAGGAAAUGUUUUCUCGCUGGAGACAGUUUUCGAGGAUUAAUUACUGCCAAAGGAAUGGUUGUGGAGAAGCCUGAGUUUGGCAGGUAUUUCUCCUGGACUCAAGGUGGAAUGUCAGAAGACUGAGAACACUGCUUCUCUUCAAACUGCCUACUGCAGCCAGAUAACCCCAAUUUGCACUCUGAGACAAGGAUCAAGUCCUAAAGAGAGAAGUUUUCAUUUUUUCAAGGAAAGGCAAAAAGUUGUAGCCAUUGGCAUUUACCAUAAUGGAGACCAAGGGUCAUAAUAACCCCCAUGGGGGAUGUGGGUUCUCUGGCAAUAGAGAGGCUUCAGAAGAAGAGGAGCUUUCGUUGAUUGAAGCUGUUCAAAAGAAAAAAGUCAACCGGCUCCAGCAGUUGUUGGAAAGAGGGGCUGAUGUGAAUGUUGGUGAGGAGAAAGGGGGCUGGACACCUUUGCACAAUGCAGUACAACAGGGCAGCGAGGACAUGGUGGAACUUCUGCUUCGUUAUGGUGCUAACCCUCAUCAGAGGAAGAAGAAUGGGGCCACUCCCUUCAUCACCGCUGGGCAAGAAGGACAUGUGAAUCUGCUCCAAAUAUUCCUUUCUAAAGGAGCAGGUAAUGAGUGUGAUUUUAAUGGUUUUACCGCUUAUGAAGCUGCAUGUCAGGGGAAUGUUGAAGCGUUAAGAUUCCUCUUUGAGAAGGGAGCAAAUGUGAACUUGAGGCGAGAGGCCAGGGAGAAUCAAAGCCAGCUUAGGAAAGGAGGGGCCACGGCACUCAUGGAUGCUGCUGAAAAUGGCCACAUAGAUAUCUUGAGGAUUCUUCUUGAUGAGAUGGGGGCAGAAGUCAAUGCCUGUGACAAUAUGGGCAGAAACGCCUUGAUCCAUGCUCUUCUGAGCUCUCAUGGUAGAAACAUGGAGGAUAUCACCCGCCUUUUGCUGGACCACGGGAUUGAUGUCAAUGUGAGAGGGGCAGGAGGAAAGACACCUCUGAUCCUGGCAGUGGAAAAGAAGCACCUUGGUUUGGUGGAGAUGCUUCUAAACCAGAAGUGCAUAGAGAUUGAUGACACAGACAGGGAAGGCAAAACAGCACUGCUGAUUGCUGUCGACCUCAAACUGAAGGAAAUCACCCAGUUGCUGUGUGACAAGGGAGCCAGCAUGGAUUGUGGGGACCUUGUUGGGAUAGCAAGGCGGAAUUAUGACAAUUCCCUUGUCAAGCUUCUUCUCCAUUAUGGAGCUAAAGAACACCUUGACUCUCCUGCAGAAGACUGGCAGCCUCAGAGCUCACACUGGGGGGAGGCCCUGAGAAAGCUCCACGGAAUAUACCGCCAUAUGAUUGGCAAACUGAAGAUCUUCAUGGUUGAGGAUUAUAAAAUUGCCGACACCUCUAAAGGGGGCAUCUACCUGGGGUUCUACGAGAAGCAAGAAGUGGCUGUGAAACUGUUUCCUGAAGACAACAUAGGUGCACCAAAGGAAGUCUCCUGUCUGCAAAGCUGCAGGGAGAGCAGUAACUUUGUGACAUUCUAUGGGAGUGAGAACCACAGGGGCUGUUUAUAUGUGUGUAUGUCCCUCUGUGAACAGACUCUGGAAGACCUCUUGGAAGUGCAUAGAAAGGAAGCCGUGGAGGACGAGGAAGAUAAGUUUGGCCGGGAUGUCCUCUUAUCUCUAUUUAAGGCUGUUCAAGAACUGCACUUGUUUUAUGGAUACGCUCAUCAGGAUCUGCAACCUCGAAACAUCUUAAUAGAUUCCAAGAAUGCUGUUUGUCUGGCAGAUUUUGAUCAGAGCAUCAAGUGGGCUGGAAAUCUACAGGAAAUCAGAAGAGAUCUAGAGGCCCUUGGAUGGCUGGUCUUAUAUGUGGUAAAGAAAGGAGAGAUUCCUUUCGAGAAGCUGAAGGCAGGAAAUAAUGAAGAGGUGGAUCAAUUUUCUCUAACUGUGGAGACUAAGGACCUUAUUCGUCACCUCUUCUGCCCUGGAGAAAAUGUGAGGGGCUGUCUGAGUAACUUGCUAGGUCAUCCCUUCUUUUGGUCUUGGGAGAGCCGCUGUAGAACACUUCAAAACGUGGGAAAUGAAUCUGACAUCAAAAUCCGAAAGUCUAACAGUGAUAUCCUCAAACUACUGCAUUCUGAGCCACCUGAGCAUUACAGUUUUAACAAGUGGACAUCUAAGAUUGACAAAAAUGUUUUUACAAAAAUGAAUAAUUUCUAUAGAAAAAGUGGUAAUUUCUACCAGGACAGUGUGGGUGAUCUGCUAAAGUUCAUUCGGAAUUUGGGAGAACACAUAAAUGAGGAAAAAAAUAAAAGUAUGAAGAAGACAAUCGGAGACCCUUCCUGUUACUUUCAGAAGACAUUUCCAGAUCUGGUGAUCUACGUUUACAACAAACUGCAGAACACAGAAUACAGAAAGCAUUUCCCCCAACCCAACAAUCCAACCCAGCCUCAGUGUGACAGAGGUGGCUGAGCCAGUGGGUUCUGAGUGUGUAUGAGACUUUCAAGUUCAAGGAGUCACUUACUAGCUGUGUAGUUCUUGGCAAGCUGCAACUCUCUGGGCCUACCUAACCUGUUUGCUUGUGAGGAAUGAGUUGGAUAACUGAUGCGUCAGUUUCUGGCACAGUGCAUUUCAUACGUUUUCAUAACAAAAGCAGCUGAUGCUCAAACUACACGAGUCCAUUUUAAGGGGUAAAGCUCAUUGGCAGGAACUGGGAGAGUGUUCUGCUAAGAUUCCUCUUGUCAAUUCACCAAAGGAGUGAGUGUCAAGACCCCUAAGACUGUGUGUUUUACAAUAAUUAUCUCAUUGAACUUUCCCAAUGACCUUGCAAAACAGAACUUACUACCCUCAUUUAAGAACAAGAGACUUAGAGGGUUUGAGUGACUUGCCCAAGACUGUACAACUUGUACAGAGCACUAUAUUAAUGGAGGUGGUGUUACUGUUACCUUGCACUCAGCACUUCUAAAACUUGAUUAGCAGCAGCCCAGGGCUUUUCUGGACAAAACCCCAAAAAGAACAUAUCAGAGAGGUUCCUGGAGACUCAUUCAUUCAGUACUUGUUGAGUGCCAGUAGAAAUCUAGGCAGUAGUUGCAUGAAUUCCAUUCUAAAGGAAGCAUCUGCACUGGUUUUCCAUGACCUCAAGGAAGUAGAUCUUAAGAGAAGGUAUUUGGCAGUGUCUGAAGGAGCUUUUGGUGUCACAGAUGGGGGCAUGGCACACUGCUGUUUUGUAGGUAGAGGUCAGGGAUGCUACCAAACAUUCUGCAGUGCACAAGACACCCCCCCUACAACACCAUAUUAUGCAGACCAAAACAUGAUGAGGUUGAGAAAGCAGGUCUUAAGGGGCUGGGAUACUUUUUAACUGGCUCAGGGCCCCAGGCUACAGAGUGUGUGACCCACCCUACAGAGGAGUGAUUCAGGUAGAUUUUCUUGCUGCUUGGUCUGUAAUGAGGCAUCCAGGAAGUCCAUCCAUCCUCACUUCCCACACUCCAUUGUGGGUGCUCUUUGGAGCUCCCUGAUCCCCACAGCCACAUCAACACAUGCUUCUUUCCACCUUGUAGUUUUGGUUUCCCCACAGAAAUUGAAGGUUCCUGGGGCUAAUAACUAUUUUUGAAUUUAUAUCUUCACUACUCAGCAAAAUGUCUGCCCCAUGGGUAUGCUUACUAAAUAUUCAUUGGAUAAUGAAUGGGCUGUGUUUGUAUAUGAGCAAUAAUAAUACCUUAUUUUUUA